AUGCAACUGAAUGAAACUACUGACGUCUCUCAGUGCACCCAGCUCCUGGUUUUCGUCCGCUAUUUGCAUGCUCAUGCCAUCAAAGAAGAAUUCCUAUUUUGUGAGCCCCUUUUGGAAACUACAAAGGCCAUCGACAUCUUAGAAAUGGUGAAUAGUUUCUUUGCCAAGCAAAACUUCGACUGGAAGAAAAAUCUUGGUACUCUGUGCACAGACGGAGCACCUGCGACGCUUGACAACACAUCUGGUUUUGUUGCUUUGGUGAAGAAAGAAGCUCCUCAGGUCACCGUGACCCAUUGUUUUCUACAUCGGCAUGCAUUGGCGUCAAAGACUCUGCCAGCAAUUCUGAAAUAA